UGUUCUUCAAGCCACUCUUUUAGAGGAAUGGUGGGAUAUCUAAAGGAUCUGGGGGAUCUGAAUCUGAAUCUGACGCGUGUGAUCCGGCCAUGACACCGCCAGAGUCUUUCCCUAUCCGGGUUUCCCGUCGAAGGGCUGCUGUGAACACGAGCACGGCCUUCCAUUGGAGUCUCUUCAUGUCAGUCAAGUUCUGUCUGCCGUUCCUCUCUGCUCCCAGCACUGCUGCACAGGCGACCAUAUCGGCCGUCAGGGAGAGAACGGGAAUCGCAGGCCUGGAUUAUGAAAAGAUUCCAAAAAUGUCGAGUUUUUAAUCGAUGCUUGCUUCAAGACAAAUCACUGCGAUAAUAGCCGCCGAUAUGAAUACGCGUAUUUUAUUUACUAAAGCUACACAUCAGGAGAAUUUCCCCUCGACUUUUUGUGAUAUACAUUUUUCGCAAACAAAAGAAAACUGUCCUGAACAUAAUUGAGGAAAGGAAGGAGGAAAGGUGCAGGCGGCCCAGCCCAUGGAGAGGGUGGGUAAGGUGUGGAGCAACCUAAAGAGGGGAUGCCAGUCUCUGCUCCACCCAGAUGGAGGUGCUCGUGACCAGGCUCUGCCACAGGAGGCCAGCCCCCCCAGGCCACCUGCCUCCAGCCUGUCCCUGGUGGCUGGGAGGGCCAGCAACAACAACACUAGCAGUGUCGGUGGCUCGUCGGGAAGUGCGAGCAUGCGGCGGCCUGGGCAGAACUGCGUGGUGGACAUGGCCCAGGUGCUGGAGAUCACACUGGAGCAGGAUGUGGACAGCCGGCCGGGCCAGCUGGGCACCCGGCGGGACUCGUACUCGCGCCACGCGCCCUGGAGCGGCAAGAAGCGCCACUCGUGCUCCACGCGGGCGCAGGGCUCGCUGGAGGGUCGCGAGCGGGGAGGCAGGGGCCGCUGCCGCCACCGGGGCCAGGAGCUGGAGUCCGGUGUCGGGGGGACGCGGUCACUGCGGCAGCAGCUGCAGGACACAGUGGGGCUGUGCUUGCCGCUGCGCUGCUCAGCCUCGCGCGCGCCGCCCAAGCGCAAGAUCCACCUGACCGAGCUCAUGCUGGAGACCUGCCCCUUCCCCCCCGGCUCGGACUUGGCGCGCAAGUGGCACCUCAUCAAGCAGCACACGGCUCCCGUGGCCGCCGGCUCGGGUUCAUCCUCGUCUUCGUCGUCCGCCCCGGCCGCUCUACCGCCCUCUGCGUCUGGCCAGCAGGACUGGCCGCGAGGAGGAGGAGGAGGAGGGGCGGCAGCGUCGGCCGAGGACGAGGAGGAGCGCUUGCGUGAGCGGAGGCGGCUUAGCAUCGAGGAGGGCGUGGACCCACCGCCCGACGCCCAGAUCCACACGGUGGAGGCCCUGGCCCCACUGGCCUGCCUGCACAAGCUGGGACCCAAGCUGGCCCCAGGGCUGACCGAGGGCCUGGGCGAGGCCAGUGGCGGGGCGCGCGGGGGACGAGGAGGAAGCGCCCCAGACUGCGACUCGGAGGAGGAGGACGGCACUACGCUGUGCCUGCAGACCCGGCGCGCUCGUCAGCGCCACGCCCACCCGCCACCUUCGUCAGCCGCCGCCGCCGAGGGCCCCUGGAAGGUCCACACGCAGAUCGACUACAUCCACUGCCUGGUGCCCGACCUGCAGCAGAUCACGGCGCUGCCCUGCUACUGGGGCGUGAUGGACCGCUACCAGGCUGAGGCACUGCUGGACGGCCGGCCCGAGGGUAGCUUCCUGCUGCGCGACUCGGCCCAGGAGGACUACCUGUUCUCGGUCAGCUUCCGCCGCUACGGCCGCUCGCUGCACGCGCGCAUUGAGCAGUGGAACCACAACUUCAGCUUCGACGCGCAUGACCCGUGCGUCUUCCACGCCGCCACCGUCACCGCGCUGCUCGAGCACUACAAGGACCCGUCGGCGUGCAUGUUCUUCGAGCCGCUGCUCACGGCGCCCAUGCCGCGCUCCUUCCCCUUCUCGCUGCAGGGCCUGGCGCGCUCCGCCAUCUGCGGCCGCGUCUCCUACGACGGCAUCGCCGCGCUGCUGAUGCUGCCGCCGCCGCUGCAGGACUACCUCAGGGAGUACCACUACAAGCAGCGCGUGCGCGUCCGCUGGCUGGAGAGGGAGCUCAAGGCCAAGUGAGGAGACGCCCGCCCGCCCGCCGGCGGCAGCUGACCGCAGGGUGUGUGUUUCGAGUCCGGGCAGCCACUCGGUGCUCUGGAGAGGCCUGUGAGGCUGAGGGGGAUAGGAGAGAGGGAGGGAGGGGGUGUCAUAUGGGCCUGUAACUAAAACAAGUCGUAUAAGCUUUUAUCAUGUUUUUUUUAGUUACUACUCUAAUAUCGAAAUACAUAUUACUGGUGCUCUACUCUCUGCUAGCCCAAGAGCCACUGUGUCACGUUCACGUACUUUCAUAUCUUCACAUCCUACAGGAGAGGGGCAGCAUCUGUGUCACAGCUUUUUACUCUUGUUUGUUUGUUGUUGUUUUUUUCUUUGUCUGUAAGCCUAGCUUGUUCUUUCUAAUUCUCUUCUUUUUUUUUUUUUUUCUUUCAUUUGUCCUCAAACUAUGUUGUACAGGAUUAUGUGGCCUGCCCUUGCCUGUGUAUACAUGAGUUUCAGGAAGGGGAAGGUUGGAGAGAAUGGGGGACAUUUUAACUGUGACUUUUCUGUGGGGAAGGGAAGGGAAGGUCCUGACCCCCUCCUUUCCCUGGUGCUCCAUCUGUGUGUCCAAGGGAGACACUACCCCCUUCGCUCAGCUGAGAAAAGGGGGGGGGGGGGGUUUGAGACAGUUCAUAGCGCCCCCUAUGUGCAGAAAGCGAUCUGCUCCAGUUAGCGUCCUUUCACUUCCAGGAAGUGAUCAUGAUUAGGAGGACGAGGAGAAUGAUUAUAAUGGUGACGAAUACAUGGUGUUUGUGUUGUGAUUUUUUUAAAAAGAAGAAAAACAAAAAAUGACAAUGGUCGCUCACAUUUGUCUGUCACUAUCAAAAAAUCUAUAUAUGUUUUGUAAUCAUUUAAUUCCUACCACUAAUUGCACAAUGCGGGGAGAGACGUGAGUCUGAUUCAGUGUCAUGUGUGUUGUAAUACUGAGGAAGUGUAUGGGGGUGGUGGGUUGUGAGCACUGAGGGAGGGCACUUUAUUUCAGCUGUGCUUAUGUUUGUGGGAGCAGCAACGGCCAAAUGUCAGUUCUGCUACACUGGGACCAUUGCUGUGAGGCGCGCACACACACACACACACACACACACACACACACACACACACACAUACACACACACACGCUCAUUCACACAGUCAGUGUCACACUCUUUUACACACACACAUGACCUUGCACUACAGAGUGCUGUCACCCAUUGCCUGACCAUGUGAGUGGUGAUCGUAAGGGACCUGGCCUCACCGGACCCUGUAACAAAGUGGUCUUUGCACAUGAGUGAUGGCCAACAGGCCGCCAGAGCCCCAGAGACUGAUCCAUUCAAGAGGUCUGGCGGUCUUGAAGACCAGGACUGAGCAAAGACAAAUACACACACACACACAUAUAUUACACUACACCACACUACACUACACUACACUACACUACACUAUACACACACUACACUACACUAUACACACGACACUACCUUACACUAUACACACACUACACUACACUACCCUACACUACACAGGCUUCAGACUGAAAGGAUGCAGUUACAGACAGACAGAGAUUUGAUGGGGGACACUUGAAACCUUUGGAACCCCCCUUUACCCCCUUUACACCAUACACAAACCCAAUAAAUCACCCUGACACACUCACACACACACACACACACACACACAUUCUCCUCUGAAGCCCAUGUGCCUUCACUGACAGCAGCUUUUCAGUCCACACCAGUGGAUCAUUAGAGCCUGCUGGAAAGUUCUCAUCACUGUUGGAGUUGUUCUCAAGACAUGGAACAAAAUAAGAAAAGGAAAAAAAAGAGCUGGUGCAAAUCCCAUCACUUGGUGACAUGGUGUUAGCAUAGCAUUCACUCAACUGGUGUGUGUGUGUGUGUUGAAAGGCCAAGGGUUCAGUCAGACUCUAAUCAUAAGCUAAAUUCACACUUGAUCAUUACCUUCUCCCAUUUCACUUGUCAACCAAUCCACACUUCCCCCCUCUAACCUUCAUUUACCGCUCUGGUAUGUGGAUGAUGACAGCUGACCCUAACUGCUCUUCCCCCAAAGUUUCAGAAAUCCUGUUGAAUUUAGUGUUCCUUUCUCUUUUGCACAAGUAUGGCGAGAGCAGUGUAGGGGUCUGAUCUCCCUCAGGGUUCAGCUGCAACAGUGGAGGGUGUGGGUGUGUGGGGGGGGGGUGUGUGGGUGUGUGGGGGGGGUGGGUGGGUGUGUGUGUGCGCUCCGGCCCCCCGGCCCCCCGGCCCCCCUGGAGUGCGUUCGUCCCCACGUCUCUCCACACCACUGUGCACCAGGCCGUGCACUGACUCGUGUGUCCAGGGAAAGAAGCAGGCAUAUGGGUGGAUGGGCUCUCCCUGUGCCACCUACAUACUUAUGACUAAUCAUAGGAAAUACAUAAAUACAUAUAUCUAUAUAAUUACUGUAUAGAUGGACAAAAAAAGUAGAAAUAUUUUGAUUAUUUAGGAAUUGUACCAUUUUUAAAAAAAAAUUGCAAUAAUAUUGGCUGCCGUUACUGACCCUCCUGUGCUGCAAGGUUCUGAGGUGGAGAGCAAAUCUGACUUAAGGAAGCAACAUGAUGGUUUUCUCACAAGACCAUGUUAAAGUGACCAAAGGUGUUGGAUAUCAGCAGGCCUCGUUUAACUCGUUUUUUUGAUCUGAAGCAGACGUGGGACAGCUUCGGCCACCUCAUCACGCUGAGCAUGCCUAGCGCAGUCUAGCCAGUCACAGGGCUCUGGUAGGGUAUGCUCUGGUCAUAGGGGCCGAGCAUGCCUAGCGCAGUCUAGCGUCACAGGGCUCUGGUAGGGUAUGCUCUGGUCAUAGGGGCCGAGCGGGCAGCUGGAGGCCGCCGCUGCUGCUGUCGUCCCGCUCUCGACUGGACGUCACCCCCCUUCAGCUCAUUUGAAAGCGCAAUCACAGGUCACAGAGCUGGUGAGAACAGAACUACCUGCAUGGGGGGGCUGUGCAGAAAGUCUGUAGUGAGACCUUUUGGUGGCCACAUGAAUCAGAAGUGCCUUUCCCUUUCGGCUGAGUGCUGACUACUCCACGCUCAAUCAGACAAUAUCACUGUUUUCCUGCUCCUGUUCAAGUUUGCUCCGGCAAACCAAACAAAGGGAUCUUGCCCCGUGUGAAACAUGUCCUUUGAUAGGUGUGUGUGUGAAUGUCUGGCUUCACACACGUGUGUUGUAUGAAUUGCAAGCAUGAGAUGACGAGAGCAGGUGUGUCUCCCAUGGAUGGCAGAUGUGUGUUGAUGGGUGAGCUCUGUGUGAGAAGAGUCCUCUCCCAGACCUUUGGUGUCCUACACUGAGGGGGCAUUGGCAGGGACACACAGCCCUGACCUGUGUGCAUGCAGGUGGAUGAUGGCUAUGAGGGCAGUGCUAAUGAGGCCUUGGUUUCACGUUUCCAGAAUGCACUUUCCAUCUGGACAGAACCAGCAGGGAUCCUCAACAAAAUAAAUGAUCUUGUGCGAACAUCACAUUCAUAGGAGUAGGAAUCCCAAUUGAAAACAAAGACUGGGGCAACAGUCCCCACAAAUGGUGUCUGCCCUGUAUUUUGUUACACAGGGGACCCAGGUAUGUUCC